AUGAAGUUCACAACCAUCACCACCACCCUCAUCGCGCUUCUCACCUCCACGACCCUCGCCAAGCUCGAGUCCGCAGAAGAACGCUGCCAGUUCUGUGCCUACCUCGACGCCCGCCAGUGCUACAAGCACUCGGUCGAGGAGUGCCGGGACUUUGGGCGAUACCGUUGCUGGCAGAAGGUCGCGGAGUGCGGGCGGAAAGCCAAGUGCAUUGAGGAGAAGGGGCAUGCGGUUUGUGUUGCAUAG